AUGAGUGGAAAAGGACCUGCCUUCAGUAGCUUAUACAAGUUCAAGGAGCUGUAUUAUUCUUUUCGCCCAAGCAAUCCAGCAUACACUCCAGAACAAUAUCCCGAUCUCAAUGGUAAAUUGGCCGUUAUAACCGGCGCAAAUACUGGUAUUGGAUUUGAAGUGAUGAAAUUACUGUAUUCGAAAAACUGCAAUGUUAUAUGCAUCGUGAGAAGCCAGGAAAAGGGUUUAGAGGCUCGCAAACGUGUUUUGGACGAGGUGAAAGGCAGUUUCGGUUCGAUUCAGGUUGUAGGGGGAUGUGAACUGGGGUCGCUGGCCAAGGUCAGAACGGCUGCAAACGAAAUUACCAAAGCUAUUGGCGGAAGGCCUGUCUGCCUCAUAGUUCAUAACGCCGGAGUUAUGCCUCGUGCUAACACUGACACAUCCGAAGAUGGAUUCGAGAAAAUGUUUGCAGUGAACGUUAUGGGCCCGCAACUCUUGCAGCAUUAUCUGGACCCGUUGUUCUUGAAGAAGGACGAUGACAUGAAGCGUAUAGUGUGGGUCUCGUCUUGCGCGCAUUUCUAUGGGUUCAGUGAUUACGGGAUUAACUGGGAAAACCCAACUUUCGAAAAUGUCGAGCUCAAGGACAGACCCUCAGCCCUGACUUUGUAUGGGCAGUCUAAAGCCGCUAAUAUCUUCCAAGCAAAAGCCUGGGCUACAAAGCAUAAGGCAAUCGUCGAUAAUAUUGGAUGCGUUUCUGUUUCCUGCUUUCCCGGCCUGAUUCAGUCCGAUUUACAAAGAGAUAUAACAUCUUCGUGGGCUAAAAAGGCUAUGAGUACUAUACUUUUUAAAAGCUACUAUGGUGCUUAUACUGAACUAUUUGCUGCUCUUUCUCCAAAAUUGAAAAUCACUGACCAAGGCGCUUACAUCGUACCCUUUGGUGAAAUUCAUGACCCUAGGUGUGACAUCAAGAGUGGGCUCGAAAAUGGGACAGACUUAAAACUAUGGGACUUUGUAGAGUCAAAGAUAUCUGCUUUCUUUUGA